AUGGCUGGUAUAGCUUAUUUUUUUAAACCAAAAAUAAGUGCUGCUGAUUCGACAACACCAUCAUCGACAGAAAAACGUCCUGGUCGACGUUCAAAAACAAUAAAAUCAUCAGAAACACCAUUAAUCAUAGAAAAACCUGUGGAAUCAAUGGAAACUGAUGAUAAUGUAACAGAAACAAAAAUCAUCAAUGAAGAUCCAUUGGAUAAUCCUCCAACACAAACACCAAAAAUAAAAUUAAAAUUUAAUUUACGUUCAAAAUCUGUUCAAGAUACAUCAGAUGAUCCACAUAUUACAAAUAUAACUAAUGAAACAAACGAAUCAUCUGAUAAUAAUGAUGAUAAUGAUGAAUCAUCAGAUAAUGAAAUACCAUUAAAAAUUGAUGAUAAUAAUGUAACUUUUGAAGAACAAGAUUCACCAUUACCCAUAAAAGAAGAUGAACCACCCAUGACUAUUGUUUCACCAACGAAAAAAAAACAACAAUCAUCACGUAAAAAAGUUAUUAGUCAUUUAAUUGGUACAACAGCAAAUACACUUUCAUUUGAUGAACCAAGUCCAAUUAAAAUUCCAUUUAAUGAUUCACAAUUUAGUGAAGUUAAACAAACAAAAUCAGGUCGAACUAUUAAAUAUACUCCUUAUUUUAAAGAACUUGUUCAAGGUGCAACUAUAUCACCACCAUCAUCACCUGUUCAUACAACAUCACAUUCAAAACGUCCAUCAACAUAUACAAAAAAGAAACAAUCAUCAAUUAAAGCAGAUCUUGAUGCAAUUAAAAAUGGUGGUUUACCAACAGCAGUUAAUGCUAAAGGAAGAAAAUCUGCUGGUUCACCAAAAAAUAAAAAACAAACUACGUCACCUGUUAAACGUGUUGGACAAGGAAGAAAAUCAACCACACCUAAAAAUGUUUCAAAUGCGAAAUCCAAACGAGCAUCGAAUCAAAUGGUUAUGGAUGAAGAUGUUGAAAGUGAUGAUGAAAAUGAACAAUCACAAUUACGAAGUGAUGAUGAAGAAUUUCGUCAUGAAGGACAAUCAUCAGAAGAAGAUGAAGAAGUUCUAGAUGCUGAUGAAGAUCAUUCAACAGAAGUCGAUACUGAUGAAGAAGAAUGGACAACAGUUGGCAUUAAACCUGAACAUGAUCGUUCAUUAGGAUUAACUACAACACUUGGUUCAAUUUCAAGUGAAAUGCUUGAUGGUUUUAGUUUAUGGGCUAUGAAAUAUCGUGCACGUCAUCGAACAAUGACACUUGAUGAUAAACGUCUCUAUCGUACAUGGAAAAAAAUGAGUGCACAUGAUCGACAACGUUGGUGUCUUAAAGCUGAAAAAGAAAAUUAUCAUUAUCCAAUUACAGCUGAAUUAUUAAAAGCAUCAUCAACUGGUACUGAACCAACAAUAUCUAUAUCGACAACAAAACAAACGAAAUCAACAAAACGAAAAAAAGGUACAGAUGAACAUCCACCAAUACUUUUACAAAAAACAUUAAAUCAAUAUUCAAGACAACAACCAUUAGUAUCAGCUAUUCGUCCACCAAAUGCGUUUGUUAAACAACCAACAGUUGUUGCACCACCAAAAAAUUAUGAUAUUAUUGAUAUAGCUGCAGGAAUUUAUUUACUUGGAGAAUCAUUAACAAAAAUGGGUGAAAAAGUUCGACAAUUAGGUCAUCUAAAUCCCCGUGGUACAUCAGCAGCAACAUCAAUUGAUAAUCUUGCAGCUAUACUUUUUGAUGGAACAUUAUGUGCAUGUAAUUUAAUGGCUUGCCUUGGAAAUGAAAUAACAUCAACAAAUCCAUCAACAUCAAAAUCAGAUCCAUUAACAAAUAAACUUAUGGAAAAUGUUGGAAUUAUUUUACCUGGACUUAAUUAA